AUGAGCUCCCUGGAGAUUGCAGACUUUUCGGUGGUGGCCGGGGCAGAAGACUGGCUGGAUGAGGCAGUGAGGAUCUUUCGGCAGACAGGAUUCUGCAUAAUUCUCAAUGCCUUGAGCGAUGAACGGGCAUCUGAGGUGCUGAAAGGCUGCCAGGAGGCAGGGCGCAAGAUCUUGGAGUUAGAUCCAGAAAGGAUAGGGUGGUGCCACGAUCCUGGCCACUAUAGCUUUGGCUCUGCCAGCCAGUCUGGCCACAUGUUGUAUCACGAAGCAUGGUCACUGCUGCUAGCAUGCGAAGCCACCUUCAGCGCAAUGCAUGCGAUCUUGCCGGACGGGUUUGUGUUUUGCGGUGGCGGAGGCGAUUUUGUCCUUGCAGGGACGGAGAAGUACCAAAGCCUGCACGCGGAUCUGGGACCUGGACAGGUUCCGCCAGAGUAUCGUGUUGACGAUGCUCCUCCCCAGAUCGCCGUAAAUUUCAUUGUGCAGACGAUGACCGAAAAGAACGGACCCAUGAGAGUUAUACCAGGCAGGAAGGUUAUUCAUGGACAGCAAGACAUUCCGCCGAACUUUCGACAGGAGCCAGACCGGUACAAGCAAUCGAAGCUUUUUCCUCUGCCGGCGGGAGCAGCCAUUCUCCGUGACCUGAGACUUUGGCAUGGGGGCACUCCAAAUUCAAGCGAAGAGACGUGUUUCUUGCCAAGUGUGGAGGUGUUCUCUGCCAAGUAUGCCUCCUUCAUCUUCCAGAAGUCUGAAGAAAAGGGAUGGCAUUGGCAUCUUCCUUCGAAGGCUCGCCGAUGUCUCCCCGACUCCCUCUUCCUUCAACUUCCACCGGUGGUCCAGGAGCGUUGCCAGGAGAUCCGGGCAGCGAGUCCGGUGCCGACCGGCUUCCGAGACUUCACCCAGCCUUGGCUGGAGAAGAAAGGCUCCAACUGGGAAGCUCCGAAGGAGGAUUCGACGGCCUGGAGGCGUGCAGGAUUCCAGGGAAAGGGUUGGAGGACCUGGCGGGGGAGAGCUGAAUGGAAGCCCUGGAGCGAGACAAGGGCACACUCUGACAGACAGGACUUGAGGGGCUCUGCUUCGAGCAUCUCCGCCAAUCUGGAACUUCUUGGACGUGGGGACACAGCGAGUCGGAUUGACUUUGCGACUCUACGUGCUGCCGUCGCAGACGUGGCGUCCGUCGUUGCCAAGAGUGCGCGGGUCACGCUUGCUCUUGUGCUUCUCUAUCGUGCGACGCAACUCUGGGGAGCCCUUCUGGCAGUCUUCGACCGUCUCGUAGCGCGCACAGGUCGCACUCUGAGGACUGGUCUGCCUCGAAUUCUGGCCCGCCUCGCCCUUCUGCGUGGGCGCAGAGGCACGUGA